UUUUGUUAGUCGACGCUCGGUACUCGUCCGGAACACUGAUAGAAAAUUAUCGUUACUCAUUAACUCAUUAUAGUCAACAAUAUGUACCCGAUAAUAUUACUGUGUGUCGUCGUCGCGUUAAUCUUCCUAUAUCUCAUAGGCAGAUAUAAUAAGAACUAUUGGAGGAAACGCGGCGUCGCUUUUUACGAUAAAAACAAAGUUUUCGGCCUUUUCUGGGACUUCUUGACUACCGAAAAAGCUAUGUUUGAGAUUCUGAGUGAAAUAUACAAGAGCAACGAAAACGCGCCGGCGGUGGGCAUCGGGUCCCUGAUGACGCCAAGUCUUUACGUCAUGGACCCACAGAACGUCCACCACGUCAUGCAGACCGACUUCCAAUCCUUCACCUACAGAGGACCCAUCAUUAACGAAGGCGACCUGCUUGGAGAUAACGUACUUUUCAUGAACGGACCUAGAUGGAAGCUGAUGCGGCAGAAGUUAACACCGUUUUUCACUGCUGCUAAAUUACGAAACAUGUACUAUAUUUUAGACAGAACUGCGCAAGAUUUCGUUGAGCAUUUGAAGCAGAAUCCGCAGAAGUUGAAAGGGAAUGGAUUUGACAGGGCCAACGAGUUCUGUGCCGCCGCCAUCGCAGCUGCUGUCUUCGGAAUUGGGACAGAUUCAUCUUUCGUCUCACCGUUCCUUAAGAUGGCUAGAGACGCGUUUACACUGAAUUGGGUCACUCAUCUUAGAUACACGGUCGCUCAUUUGAGUGAUUCAAUAAGCAAAGCUGUGGGUGUGAAGUUCUUUAAAGAGCAGGAACCUUUCUUCAUAGGCGUCGUGAAACAAAUGUUCAGAGCUGCGGAAAAAGAUGAAAUUAAGAAGCAUUACUUUACAGAUAUCUGUUUGAGUUUGCGAAAAGCUGGAGUCAUGAAGGAUUUGGAGACAGGCGAGGAGUUGGAGCCGACAGAUGAGCUGCUCGCUGCCCAAGGUUUCUUUUUCUACGUAGCUGGUGUCGAACCCACAGCCAGCGCCCUGUUUGGUGCGCUUACCGAGCUUGGGAAGCACCCAGAAAUCCAAGCCAAAUUACAGAAGGAAGUCGAUGAGACUGUUGAAAAACACGGCAAGGUCACUUACGAGAUAAUUUCUGAGAUGAAGUACUUAGAUCAAGUGUUGAACGAGACGCUAAGAAUACAGACGCCGGUAGGCUUCAUAAACAGGAUAUGUACUCGCGAUUCAGUGCUACCAAUUGGUAACAUCGAGGUGUCUAAAGGCACAAAGUUGUACAUACCUAUUUUCGACUUGCAUUUCGACCCAAAGUAUUUUCCUGAGCCGGAGAAAUUUGAUCCUGAGAGGUUUUCUCCGGAGAACAAGGGUAGUAGCGACAUGGCUUACAUGCCGUUUGGUAAGGGUGGUAGGGUAUGCAUCGGGAUGAGGUAUGCUCGGCUGCAGGUGUUGGCAGGUCUCCUGCAUUUACUGCGACAUUUCGAUGUCCUUACACACCGGGUCCCUGGCAGCAGAAAGUAUGCUAAAGGCCAAUUCCAGAUGAGACGAGUUGAUAACGAUAUUGAGCUGAUCCCAAGACAGAUGUAAUCUUUGGAUGCACCUACCUGCCAUUAAUAUUACUGGAGUAGUUGUAUCCAAAAAUUACAUCUGUCAUGUAUGUGCUACAAUUAUAUCUCAAUUAUUUAUGGUUAUAUAUUUUGUUUAUAUAAAUAUAACUUUAAUUUUA